GAGUUACAUACACAGACACCUACAUUCAGUCCUCGUUAACAUGUAGUGCACAGUUUAGUUGUGUGAGUAAAUGCCCGUUUGGAUACAAAACGGGAGAAAAUGGCUGUCCAAUGUGCAGAUGUUUGCAACAUAUUUCAGAAAAACAGCAUUUAACUGUAGCCGAUAGAUGCCCAGAAGCAACAAGAUGCAGUGAGAUGUGUCCAGAGGGAUAUACAUUGAAGACUGUAGUCGGAAGAGAAUGCCCUAUAUGUCAAUGUGUCAGAAUUAUAACAGAGAGUGUACAAAGUCAAUUGGGAAGUUGUACUGGUCCAGAAUGUUCAUCAGGUUCAAUUCAUCAUGCAACAAUGAAAGAAAGGUGUCCUGAUACUUUUAGAUGUGAUGAAAUAUGCAAUCAUGGGUUUUCCUUGCGAACAGUGACUGGCCAAGAAUGUCCCGUGUGUCAGUGUGCUGUUGUUACAGAUAGAAUAACUAUGGCGAAAAGUCAAUCAGCAUCUAUUGAAGGAAAGAACGUUAUAACUAGUAGCAAAUCAUCCAAUAGUACUAUAGUCAGUGGUAAUGUGAGAACACAUAGUUCCGGCGGAAGUACAAUAAUGAAUGGACCUUCAAGAAGCAUGUUCUUGCACGAGUCAUUAACAGGUCAUGUGCCAUUAGCUGGGACUAUCAAUGGGGACUAUUUACAUCAAUCACUAUCUCACAAUUUACCAUUAGCUGGAGAUUUAACUGACAGGAACUGUAUAGGUCCUACAUGUUCUGCCAAAAAUGGAAUGCAUACAGGAAGGACGGCCCAGAUCCAAUCUAGUCGGUGUGAUGAUAUAUUGACUUGUGUAGUGGAAUGUAAACACGGAUAUAAACUUGGUAUCAAAGGAUCGGACGGUUGUCCCUCUUGUACAUGUCUUAAAUAA